AUGAGUGCUGACAAUCUUUUGUGCGUUGAAGUAGUGGGGAGCAAUGGCGUUUAUUACAAAGCAUUUGUUAAAAAUGUAUACGAUGAUAAACUGAGUGUGACGCUUGAAACUGAUCCUAGUGAGGAAAAGAUAGUGUCAUUCUCUGAAGCUCGUCUGCCUUUAAAUCCAACCACUAAAGUUGACCUGAAAGAGAAUGAAGAAGUUGAAGUUUUCACAACUACUGCGGGGUCCAAUCAGUUUGGUUGGUGGCCAGCCCGCAUCAAGUUGAUGAAAGGCGAAUUCGCUGUUGUCGAUGUUAAGGUCAAUGAAUCAACACACUGCAGUGAUAUCAUAUCAGUCGAUCGACUGAGGGCCAAAAAUAAUAAUCCUCCAUUAAGUCGUGGCACCUUCCAGAAAUUCGUUGUUGAUGUACCGGAUGACUUGGCAGAGAUAUGUCUCAAUGAGCAAGUGCAUAUCGACUUUAAGAAUGCCAGUGGGGCGGAGAUUGUUCAGUAUAACCGAGAUUCAAAACAACUCAUCAUUAUUUCUCUAGAGAAGAAUGCCAUUAAGCGAGCCAAUCUGCUGUCGGACAUGCAUCUUAGGAAUUUGAGGCAGAAGCAUCAGCUGCUGCAGAAAACCGAAGAAGUUUGCAAGAAGCUAGAGGUGUCUUUGCACAUAAGGGCACCAUGCCAAGAGGAGUUCACAGUCCACAAGGAACUCAUGGGACUGGCAAUUGGAAGUCAUGGUUGCAACAUAAUUCAAGCUCGAAAGGUAGAGGGCAUAAUAUCUGUUGAGAUUGACAACUGUACAUUUAGAAUCUGUGGAGAAACGACAGAAGCAGUUAAAUCAGCCAGACAGAUACUUGAGUAUGUAGUAGAGAAAAUCCAUGUGCCUAAAAAUUUAGUCUCUAAAGUCAUAGGAAAGAAUGGCCACAACAUUCAAGACAUAGUUAACAGGUCGGGCGUCGUCAGAGUCAGGAUAAACGACAACAACCACCAUGACAGUGACGACAGCAACAACGAAGAUAUUCACGCACAUAGUGAUUUUAUUUUCAUUGGGACAAUUGAGAGCAUUAGUAAUGCUAGAAUGUUAUUGGACUAUCAAAUUGGACACCUCAAGGAGGUAGAUAGAUUGAGGCAUGAGAAACAGCAGAUAGAUGAUGAACUGAAGAGUUUGGCUCCAAUGCAGUAUUCGUUUCAGAGAACAAGGUUUUCAUUCAUUCAUUCAUUCAUUUAUUUCUUUUUAUCAUUCGUUCGUUCAUUCAUUCAUUUAGUUAGUUAUUCAUUCAUUCAUUUAACUCGCUUGUUCAUUUGUUUUUGGUUAUUAUUAUAUUAUUAUUAUAUUCAUUUAUAG